CAGUAGUUUGUAAUGUCUCUGGUCUUUUUUAGACCCUCGGCUUUGGGCUUCAUAUGUGGAAUGUGUGGAGCGCUUCCUGUCAUCACAGUGUCUGUCUGACCGGGCACGGCGCUCUGCGCGCGGCACCAUCUCUUCCUGAAGGACUGAGGGAUCCUGGGGGUGGGGGGUGGAGGGGGGCUCUCUGCCGUAUCUUUCAGAGACACCAGACAACGUGCCGGUCCAGCUAUGAAGACAGAGCAGAGCUGUGUGGAGACACUCCGGGGGGUCAAAGAUCCGCUCCAAAAACCGGCGCACGCGGAGGAGGAUGCCCCGGAGAAGCAAGACGAAUGCAAAUACGUGGAUUUGGAGUUAGAGUACGUGAACACAGUCGGCCCAAAACCGGAGAGAGACUGUCGCUUUGGGGAAGGAAACCAAAUGUCUGUCCUUGUUAAGAGCAGCGGCGCCGGAGCUCCGCGCGUAACGGAACCAAAACUGGAUUUGGCGAAUCAAAACAACAUUGAAACCAACAAUGAAGAGGAUUCUGGAGAUGGGGAAUGUGCAGAUGUCAAGCAGGGUCCCUCUGAUUCACCUCCGCCAUCACAUCUCCCUGGUCUCAAAGCGGAUGAUUGUCUCAAAUCCGAGGAAAGAAGCGAGCGCGCCAUUACGCAGCCAGAGGUGUCCAAAAAGGAGGAUAACAAAAACACAGCAAGAGACGAGGAGGAUUAUCUGAGCCGGAGGAGUGAGUCGGAUGAUUAUGAGGAGGAUGAUGUUAGUUUGGUGCUUUCCGACGAUUGCGUCCUGUGCAUACCGCACGAUGAGUCUCAUUACAUCACGACGCACGAGAUCCAGCUCUCGGAGCUCUCUGACCACGAGGAGGGCCACAGCCUCGGGGCGGGCUCAUCCAGCUGGGACAUCGGGGAUGACAACCAGGUGUACUCUUUUGUCGAUUAUGCUUCUUUCGCCGGUGAUGGAGCGGUGGGGGAGAGGGGGGACGGCGGCCAGCCUCGCACUCAGGGCGCAGCAGCAGCAGUCAGCACUCUGCUUGAAAGUGAUCUGUGCGACGCGGCCAAGUUCACCAGCUCAGAUGAGAGUGUGUCAAAGCCCCAGCAGCACCAGCAGCGCAGGGGCAACGGCGCGGGACAGAUCCACCUGUCAAUCAGGACCACUUCUCGAGCUAUAAAUGACCCCAGCAACGUCCAAGAACAGGGAAAUAUCAUUUAUCAUGCAAGGCGCCCCGGGGAUAUGAGUCGGUAUGUGUUCAGGGGAGUUGAUGGGAAGGCAGAGACGUUGUGUGACAGGGCCAAGUGUUUCAUAGCCGCGCCAGGACGCUUGCAUUUUGGCCGCAAAUUGCGGGGGAAAGAGGUGACGGAGUACUCCAGCGGUGCGUCCAGCGCUGUCAGCGAGCUGGACGACGCUGACAAGGAGGUGCGCAACCUGACGGCCAAAGCCUUCAAGAGCCUGGCGUAUCCUUACUUAGAUGCAAUUAACUUCAGCACCUCCAGCGAGUCAUCUGCAUCAGAGCACGGCAAAGGGUUAAACAGGUUGUCCACGUUUGUCGACCUGAAAUAUGGCAAUGUGAACAUGUCCCGGGGACUGGACCAAAGUGUUGUCUCCCAUCAAAACUCAACGGCCUCAUUUGAAAUAGCCAAAAAAAUAGACAACAGAGGUUAUAAGGGCAUUGCACUGGCGAGCAUCAAACCGCCCACCAGCAAGAUCUUCACUCUGAAUGGUAACCCCCACAGCGCAUCCACACAGUCAUCUACACAGCAGAUAGAGCUGAUGGGGGAAUUCAGUCAGGGCCACAGUGGGGUGAUUAGGCUCACAGAGACUCUGAAUUUUCGUUGUAAUGUCAAAUCGGGAAUGUCAGGGGGUGAAAGACACACUAACUUUGCACAAAACGCAGCGGGAUCACGUUCCACAGAUGAGGUUACCAACGGUUUGCCAAGCGGCCACAGGAGAGGGGCCGGCAAGUCGCCUUCUAAAACCAUGGAAGACACACACAAGAAAGCCAUAUUCGCCUCGAGUCUGAUCAAAAAUGUGAUUUCUAAGAAGAUGCAGUUCGAGCAGGAGCGCAAGAUGGAAAGGGGGGAGAUAAGCGAGUCGCAUCCGACGCAGUCUCCGGGCUGCGUGCACCAGGAGGGCGACGGCCACAGGGAGAGGGGCAGCGGGGAGCUGCGCAGACAGGGCUCCAGGUUCUCUGAGGGCAGCUCUGACUACACCAUAAUGUGCGUGGAUGAAUUAGGGGACAUAUUGGACAGCGGCUCGUGUGAUACCAAGAGCGACUCUCGGAGACAAGACUCGGCCGCUCCAAUCAGAGACUUUAUACCAGAAACUAAUUUGAAACCGGCCAAGGAAGCUGGAAUCGAUACUAAAAAAGGCGCAUUGGAUGCGUCUAAAAGCACACUCCUUCGCAGCCAAAAUAGCGCGUUCCGAUGCUGGAAGGACGAGGAGCUAGGGUUUCAGAAGGAUCCUAAAAACGAUAAAACCCCGGAGAAGUCGGCUUCAGGUAACGAGGACGACGGCGAGGGGGGUCUUUACUCAGCGGGAAGCGGCAAACUGACUAAAAUGUCCCAUUUGUUUGUGCCAAGCAUUCAACUGCUGUCCAGUGACAGAGAAGUGGGACAGCAGCUGCAGAGCAGGACUUAUUCUCCAUAUGGAGGAAGAGAAGUGCGCUCUGACAACACCUUACACAUGGCAGGCUCCAGGAAUGUGGCCACAUCCAAAUCUCCGGAAAUUAAAAUUAAUUUAAGGAGCGUCAGAGACAAUAAAACGGAGCCGUUUGGCGUUUCCAAGCUGCGCGCUCCUAAUAUAGGCUGUAACGCAGCCAGCCUCAUCAGAACAGAUGACUUCAAAUGCCAGGCGCUGGCUACAGCUUUGAAGGGUGAGUCGUCAGAUAAAGUUCCACAUUUCAUGGUUAGAGACAUCAGAGAUAAUAAAGGAAAGCUGCAGACGCCCAUACACCAAGUACGAGACGUGCGUAAAUUGGUUAAAAGCUCCUAUCACUUUGUUUCUUUGGAUAACAACGAAACUAAAUCCAACUUUUCAUCUGCUGACAGAUAUUCAGAGCAGAAGAAGCAAAUAGCUCAUGGAAAUCCUAAUUCUGUGUCCCCCAUAGUGAUCAAAUAUCAGUCUGUGAUUACAAAUAGUCAUAGUAAUCCUACCGAGGUAUCUAAGCUGGAGCCGGUGGAUGCGGGCAGGUCGUCUCCAGAGGGCGCUAAAAAUGCUCCACUGCAAAGCGCAGCAGGAAGAGCAGCCAUGUGUAACGCCAGUCAUUCCUCAGAUGGAGUAAUUGGAUUGAGUAUUGAAAGCAGAACAGAAUCAAAAGCGCAGGAAAAAACGUCAGACGUCACCGAUAAGAAACCUGAGUCCAAAAUGGCGAACCUGGGCGCUCUGGAAAAACUCCAAGCUGCUGUAAAAACCAUGGAACAGCUUUACACGUUUGAAAAAAAUGAAUGGAAAAGAAAGAAUGAGCCCCAUCUCCUGACAGACAGCCAUGUCCUUUCAAUGAUAGCCAGUGAGGAGCAUGGGGGACCUGAGAAGGAAGGUGCAAGGGGGUCCAACAUGGACAAGACGGUCAGACGAGACUCUUAUCCCAACAUUGACAAGACGCCUGGGACUGACAGCCUGCUGAGGCGAGUGGACAAAGACACCACCGUGGUCUGUCCCAGUAGCUAUGAGGACAGGCUGGUUGCUAGGUCAAUGCAAGCUGCUAGCAACACAGGGAACAAAGCCAUGUUCGGCCUCGGAUCUGGUCUCCAGGCCUCCACAUCAGCAAGGGCCCAGCCAAACGCCAUGGCACAAACACCUUUCAACACCCAACGCUUCCUCCCAAAGUCCCAAAAAUUGCCGACGUCCUUACAAAUCAACCAGAAGAAGCAAAGUGGAUAUAGAGAAGCUGGGUCAAAGGAUGUAGGGGGGCCCACACAGGAGCUACUGAGCACCUCAGCUGAUAACGAGAACUACCUAACCAUUCCCCUCGAGUCUCACGCCACUUACACCAGCAACAAACAAGCCUCAUCGGCCGAUAAGUCAUCAGCGUACACAUUUACCACCCAGACCCAACCAACCACUCAGUCAGGACACUGGGGAUCCGGCGCCAGGGGUUUAGAAGACCCCAACCAGGCCCCUGAACGCUCCAGCAUUGUGAUGGACACACCCUCACCAGAUACCCCUUCUGCCACCAUUUAUCACUCUUUGCCAUUGGGCAUGUCCGCCAAUCAGUCUCAGGUGUACUGCUUCUCUCCGGCAAUCACCCCUGCUCCCUCCCUGGAUCCCUUCCAGGCCACCCAGAGGAAGAUGCUACUGGAUCCCACCACUGGAAACUACUACCUGGUGGACACCCCUGUGCAGCCGGCCACCAAGCGCCUCUUUGACCCCGAAACAGGCCAGUACGUGGACGUGCCAAUGCCGCAACAUCCUAUGACCCCGGUGCCCAUGCAGAUGUCCCCUUUUGCCCUCAGUCCAGGAGCCUACGGACACACCUACAUGAUCUACCCGGGCUUCAUGCCGACACCGUCUGUGAUCCCGGCCCGGACGCUGGUGCAGUCGCGCAUGUCGGUGCAGUCGGAGGCGGAGAGCGGAGAGAAAGGCUUGUCGCAGCGGACCGAGGCCAUGUACAUGGAGAGUCCCUUCUACAUGGCCACUGGCAAGUCUCCCCAGGCGGCCUACAGGGCUCCACAGCAGACCACCACCAACAGUCCACAGCAGGGCUUCUCCAACAUCAAGCAGCCAGUCAUCAGCAUAACCUCGCAGCAGGGCCACCGGAUCAUAGCGCCGCCCUCGUUUGACGGGACCACCAUGAGCUUCGUGGUGGAGCACAGAUGAACGCCAGCUUCCCCGGACUGGUGAGACUGAGGGAUGCUGCCUGCUCUGGCCUUCUGGCUCUUCAUUGGUUCUUCCAUUGGCAGGAGGCGGGACCUUGGAUACAUCGGCUCUUUUACAUCAUGUCUCGCAUGAAUAACAAGAUGUGUAUAAAGUAUGUAUUUCUUAAUUUAUAACACCACAUUGUACAAAUGUAAAGACUUAAUGUGUGGGCCUGUGUUGUCUUUGCUAGUAAUCAGUAACUCUUUGGUUAUGUCACAUUAUGUAGUUUUUUAUUAUUUUGUAAUACAAUACAUUUUACAACCCAUUAUUGCAAAAUAAGUUUUAUGAUGAUUGUUAUCCAUAAAAAUUAACAUUUUCAUCUCUUGUAUGUUGGAUUGGAUGCUAUUACUUUAAAUUGCACAGGUCAGCAUUUAACAAUGUGUUUUUCUUGUACCUGGAAAUAUCACAGUUAUGUAUUCAACCCUGCUGAAUUAAUAUACAUGUACUAUUGAUGCAAUGUGUGUGUUGAACUGAUACAAUGGUAGGCAUCCUGGAGAUCUCCCAUCAUGCAUUGGCCCUGCAUAUACUGUGAAGCAGAAUUAGUUCAAAUGGUGCAUUCACGUUUUUUGAUCUGACAUGAAGACAGUCCGUGUUAUGCUUUAAUAAUUAUUCCCUGAUCACGUAAACAUAAAACCGGCCGAUCCAUCCUCCGUCUCACUGGAAUUUAAAGAUAUAAAUGAGUUGUCCAAGCAGUAGAGGAUGAUGGGAGCUCUUUUUAGCCCCGUUUGACAUGUAUUUCCAUGCGUAUCACUGUUUCUAAGUCCUUCUUUUGUACUUCAGAUAGUUAUAUAGAUAUAAUAGAUAUAUAAUAUAGAGUGUGGAUCUGCUGGCCAGUCCAUCCUUUGGUUAUGAAUCAACUGUUUGUUGCUUUAUUGUCUUUAGAAAAAUAACCCAGCAGCAAAUAUCAUUUUAUAUUAACUACAGGAACAAUCCCGCUGUUAUGAAAGAAUACCACCACCUGUUUUGCUGUCGUAUUAAAGUGUUUUACGUUGAAAGGUGUUGUGUAAUAUUCUAAGCUGCUGAGAUGUUUUUAUUAAAUCUAUUUCAUUGAAAUGGUUCUCCAUCACUGUUAGCAGUAGAGUGUGCAUUCAGAUUGGGAACAAGUCUAAAUUAAAGGGUCAGUCCGUCCAACAUUCAGAUUUUCUCUUACUGGUAGACAGAUAGAACAUAAAUUCUAUCGGGGUCAUAUUGCUGAAAAUAUUUGAAAAUAAUAUGGAAAUCUGCUUAAAACAUGAGUGAUACAGUGAGAGCACGGAUUAGUGAUUGUGUGCAGGUUAUUCAGCCAGCAAUUGAAGUAAAAUUAACAAUCAAAUAGGAAUUGUAGCUUUCAUUUCGCUUAAACAAUUACUAAAAACUACACUUUAAUAAAUGAUACUUUCAUUUUGAAUAACAGAUGCAUACGCCUGAUGUUGUACUUCCCUUAAACUGCUGUUUAUGCCGUUAAUUUGGUUUUACAAAUCUGUGCACACAGAUUUCAUGCAAAUGUUUUUUUCGACCAUAUUACUCCAGAAAGGGGAUGAUGCUGUUGAGUUUUUCCAAAAUGAUGUAUAUGUUUUAACAAUCCCCCAAAAUCAUACUGUUUCAUCUACUUUAAUGUGUGCUUUUCCAUUUAACCACUGGAAUAGUUUGCCUGGUCCCACUGAUUGGGUUUGGUCUUUUAAAUGAGAAAAAUGGACAUGAAAUUCAGAAAACUCUUUCGUUGCCUAGUUUUUGGCUUGUUGCAGAUCAUAUUGCAGCCGUUAUUGAACUUUUUUUUAUGCAUCACUGUUA